GUGUGGAUGUACCAAACAUUUGAUCAAUUAGCUUAAACAAUAUAUUGCAAAAAUAGUAUAAAAAAACCUUAUGUAUUGACAAUGGGACUGUACGACAUUUUAUGGGAUGACAAAAUAUGGUUUCCCGAAAACUCUACGGGAACAAUGUACGGAUGGAAGGAUUUGCAGAACCAACCAGGAUCCGACGUGUAUUUUCCAGAGUUACGGGACCUUAAUUUGUCAAUUUUGUUAGGAGCCGUCCUUAUUUUAGUGCGGUUUAUCUUUGAAAGAUUUAUUGCUAAACCGCUUGGCUACUAUGUCGGUGUUUCAAGGAAGAAACCCAAUCCACCGCCUGCAAAUAAAGUUUUGGAACAGGCACACAGGUCGAAAUUGAAGAUUGACAAAACACUGUUGCAGACAUUAUGCAAACAAACAGAUAUGACGGAAAGACAGAUACAAACAUGGCUGAGAAAACGAAAGGCAAUGGAUUCUCCAUUACUGAUAGACAAGUUUGCCGAAUGCAGCUGGCUUUUUCUCUUUUACGCAGUUGCUGGAGUCGCAGGCUCAGUUGUUUUGUGGAAUAAGCCUUGGUUAUGGCAAACGAAAUACUGCUGGAUCGGAUGGCCUCUCCAGAAUAUACCACGGGAUGUGUAUUGGUACUACACCAUUGAAGCGUCAUUCUAUUGGGGAUUAGUUUUCACCCUGUUUAGUGACACGAAAAGAAAGGAUUUCACACAAAUGGCAGUUCAUCAUUUUGCGACACUCGUGCUUAUAUAUUUCUCGUGGAUGAUGAAUCUAGUCAGGAUGGGCACUCUUGUCCUUCUACUGCACGACGCGGCUGAUCCUAUUCUAGCACUUGGCAAACUAUGCAAUUACAGCAAGCACACGCUGGUGAAGGAAAUUUGCUUUACAUUCUUUAUAAUUGUCUGGUUUAUUACUAGACUUGGAUUUUAUCCAUUUUGUAUACUGUGGAGUACAACUGUUGAACCGUACCAGUAUCUGAUAGAGAAGACCUUCUUCACCCAUUGGUUCUUCAACUUCUUCCUGUAUAUGCUAAUGAUCCUCCAUUUGAUGUGGACCUACAGUAUUAUCAAGGUCGCGGCCAGGAAGUUCCAGAAAGGGGAUGUAGCUGACGUAAGGAGCGAUUCCGAAUCGAACGGAAUCAGUGACAGUGACUAAAUGCAUAAAAUACACGGGGGAUACCGAGAGAAUACACACUUCAUGAUGCCAGUAUCUGAUCAGAGCGAACAUGACAAACCAAUCCAUUGCUCAAAAGCCUAUAUUGAUUCGAAUGCAUUUGUUUUCUGCCAAAGUCGUAUUUAAUCAUAUGAACUACAGACCAAUCAAACAUUACUAUUUGUAUGUAUUUGUAUGUAUACUGUUUUGAGUAUACAUGCACUGGCUAUACAGAGAGAUUCAAUAAAGUAUAGUUGACUUA